AUGGGGGACACCCUGGAAGGGACGCUGUUGGGGCCCAUCACGUCACCGGCGGUGUCAUCAGCCGAAAACACCCCAGCGAAAGCAGAUGUCACUAUCGAUAUCGAAAUCACCGACGACGAGGGAGCGGGCACUACUCCAGAGGCUCCCGACGUGCUGGCAGUCGCACCACAAUGUACACAAUCCGCUUCGCCCGUCAUCGCCUCGCCAUCCGAUAUGCCCGCCGCAACACCCGUCGCUCUGCCAGACGAUCAGCCAGCGGAGGCGAAGAAUCAGGAGGGUGCGGCGUCGGCCAUCGAGGAGGGCCUAAUAGCCACCCUUGAGGUUUUGCGGCGCAGUGCGGAGCGAAACGAAAAGUUGAUGGAAGAGCUCCGAGCAGAGAACCGGGAGCUUAGAUCACUGGUUCAAGAGCUAACGAAGCAAGUGAGCGUUUUGUCAAAGAACCAGCUGACUGAACAGACCAUCACAGAGGGGAAGGAGACAAUCAAGUGCCUGGUGGCCGAAGCAAUGGGCCAGGAGGAUAGGUCCAAGGAAAGUAGGAGUAAAAACAAGCGUGAGCUGCCACCACAGCAGCAGCAGUCGCGGUCGACACAGCAGCAGCAACAUUCGCGGAAGGCGAACCCGCAGAAGCUGGCGAAGACUCAGCGAUCCACCGCCGAGGAGCCAUGGCAGAUGGCCAAGAGUAAACAUCGCCCCGCACAUGACCGGCAGUCGCAGCCAGAUGUGGGGCAGACGGGAAGUGGCCACACUGGCCAAAAGCGGGUGGACACGGCGAAGAAGAGCACGCAGACAGUCCAACCGGCGAGUCAGCGAGCCCGUCCGAACAUCAAGGGCCGCCCGGACGUCAUUACCGUGACACCCCCGGAGGGCGUUUCAUUCUUAGACGUUUUCCGCCGCGUACGAGCGGUCCCGGAGAUGGCCGAGCUGGUGCGAAAGGGCUCGCGCAUUGCGGGGAACACGGCCGAGAUGGUGCUCAAGAAGACCGCGGACUCAAAGGCAGUGCUCAGCAAGGUCAAGGAGCUAGCUCCAGAAGGGAGCAUGGUCAUUCUCCGGGUGGACACCGUUUCUCUGCGGCUGCGCGGAGUUGACAUGCUGGCCGAGAAGGCAGACGUCGCGGCAGCAGUGGGGGCGGCAAUCGGAGACACCAUCACCGAGGGGGACGUCGUCCUGCAUCGUUAUAGCCGUGGCGAUCAGCGGGCGAACGUGCGAGUUCCUCGCCGCUUUGCCAACGCGCUCAUCGGCGAGAAGCUACUUGUGGGCUGCUCGCGAUCACGGGUGGAGCUGGCUCCGAGGAAGCCGAUGGACCAAGCAACCUGCGGCCGCUGCCUGCUGCGAGGACACCUCGCACGAAAUUGCAGUGGCCCCGACCGCACCGCACUGUGCCGUAAGUGCGGAGGCGAAGGGCAUAAGGCGGCGAACUGCCAUAACAAGGAAAGGUGCCUGGAGUGUGGAGGACCACACACCCUCGGGUCGGCACGCUGCGGAAACCGCCGUCCAAAUUCACUGUAG